CUCGGAUAUCAGGCUAUUCUCGACCGGUAUAAGCAAAACUCUCUCUCCGUUUGGAGCUUCGAGCUCUAAGAAGACAAACAGACCCAUAUUGGCAUUCGGGGUGCUCCGAAGCUUUCCCAGGUUCUGGUUUUGCUCAGAAAAGCUCAAACUCUCUCAUUUUUGAAAGAGAUGAAGAACACCAGCCUUUUUAUUCCAAUUCUUUUAUUGUUAUCGUUUUCCCUUCAACAAACAGUCCAAGUCUCCUCCUUUACACAGAGAAACCAGGAGUUUGAAAAAUCUGCAUCUUCAAGAACUCUUGAACAAGAACACGAGCAUGCUCAUGAAGUACAUUGUUCCAGAGAAAGAAGUAGGGCAGCAUGGAAAAUUAUCGAGGAGUACCUGAUGCCGUUUCUGGAACAAGAGCACUAUGAGAUGUCAAGUAAGUGUCGACUUCAUCCUGACAAUGAUCUAUUUAGGGAUCAGGAACAGCACAAGAUUCAUCUGGAUAUAAACGAAUGGCAGUGUGGAUACUGUAAGAAAAGCUUCCGUGCUGAAAAGUUUCUUGAUCAGCAUUUUGACAACAGACACUACAAUCUUCUUAAUAUAAGUGGCAGCAAGUGCUUAGCUGAUUUAUGCAGAGCUUUGCAUUGUGAUGUUGUAAUGGAUACCAAGUUAAGCAAGACCAAAUGCAAUCCUGCAGCUGCUGCAAGGAAUCACCAUCUAUGUGAGGGUCUUGCCGAUAGCUGUUUUCCUAUUAAUCAAGGUCCCUCAGCACGCCGCCUUAAUGAAUUGUUUUUGCACCAAUUUUGUCACGCUCACACUUGCUCGAGGAAACAUAAACAUUUUCCUAGAGGAGGAAAGGUAAGGUUUCAGUCUCCUAGUGCAAUAGAUUUUGCAAUAAAAAAUGAAAUGUGCUUAAAACAAAAUAUGGAAAAUUUCAUUUCCCAGACUGCAUAGAUGAUCUACUCAUGUUAAAAUCUUUUACCUGUUUACACUCUCAUUGUCUUUCUACUGGCUUGUUCCUUUUGAUGGCGAACACAGACUUCUAAGGUCAAAUAUCUCUGGCUACCAUUAGUCUUUAUGUGGCAUAGUUUCAGUAUCUUCUAGCUUAUUUUAUAUUUCAGUAUUUCGCAAUCGUUGUCUGUGAUUACCAAGAUUCCUUUUUCUUUUGAAGAUUUUGCUU